AAAUUAAGAAUUAAGGUAUCAAAUAUAUUGCCUGGCCACAAAAAUCGCAGAUAAAAUGUGAAAACUGUGUUAGAGAAAAUGGUAAAGUAUAAUAUAUAUAUAUUGUAUGGAAAAAAGAUAAGCUUAAUUGAGAUUUAAUAUUCUAGAGCAAUGUAUUCUUUUAUCCUUGUUCGCUGAAUAUGAAACGGAUAAUUAAAUGAUAUAUCUGAGGAUAUAAAUGAACUUAAUUAGAUUCUUUUGUUUUUUUUUCCUGUGAAUGGAAGUAGUGAACAUCGCGUGGGCUCUGCGACAGCCGGAGGGUCGGGGGGUCCGGAUAAACGGUGCGUACGGUACUGCGGGAGGUAUCGUUCGGAGCGCGCUGUCGUUCGGCGGAGUCUGCAAUAAACAAACUCCGAAAGAGAUCUCCAAGUAAAAAAGUGAACACGUCCAACGCACUCUCUCUCUCUCUCUCUCUCUCUCUCUCUCUCUCUCUCUCUCUCUCUCUCUCUCUCUUUCUGUCACUCUUCCUCGCUGUAACUACGGUCGCCAGGAGUCGCUCUGUCAACGGUGUCGAGCGGUGUCGAGCAGAGCAGAGCAGAGGCUAGACUGUACGCGAAAGCGGCAGACGUGUGAAAGAUCAUCGGAGCCGUCAUCGAAGUCAGCGAAGAGCUGCAGAGAGAUGGGCAGCACGGACAAGGCCGUGAUCACGGGGUUCAUAUGCAGGCUCUGCAGCAAGAUGAACCGCUUUGUAAUCCACAUUUACGGGGAGGAGGGCGAGAGGAUGAAGCUCGCCGAGAAGAUAAACACCUACCUGCCGAUCACGGUAAACAUGAAUGACCCGCUGCCAAAGACUGCAUGUUUACACUGUAUUGAACGAUUAGAGGCGCAUCACGAGUUAAUGGAACAAAUCAUGUUCACCAGGCGGAGAUUGAACACCGACAACAAGGCAGCCGCAGUGGCGUCCUCCUCUGCGACGACCGUAGACACAGUCCCAACGUCCAGCCUGCCCCCCUGUUGACAUGUGCAAUGGAAAAUAAUAAUAUAUUCUUUCACUCAAUGCGUCAUUAUUCGCCAGGAUCGCCAGAUGAUUCUCAUAUAACUUUUCAUUUUACUUAAAUCAGUAGUCAGUAAGUGUGAAAUGUGUGACAGAAGGGACAGAAGAGUAAAAAUAACAUGACAUUAUCCAGAAUGUUCCACAAGGAAAUGAUAAACUUUUGAGAUGUCUUCUAGAGAUUUAAAAAGUUUUAAGCAAAAAGAUUUAAAUCUACACUGUAGAUCAAGACUCGAGAUAUAAAUAAUUUUAUUAACAUUGCGAAGUUACAAGGUGAAAAGUCAAAUAUUUAUAACUUUUAGUGGAUUAAUUUUAUUUUAUAAUUUUGCAAAGUGAAUAUAUUAUUUCCUUAUCACAUUAUUUAUUCAAAAAUUUUUAAAUAAAAAAAUAGAAAAGAUAGUCCUGUAGAUUGUCCAACUACAUGUUUGCCCAACUACAAGCAAACACAAGGACACAUUUUGAACGAAUAAUAUGAUUAAAAGAAAAAAAAAAUUUUUACUUGAAAAAUAUAAAAUAAAAGAAUGUAUCUACAAAUUAUAAAUGUCUUGGUAUUUUUUACAUUACUCAUAUCUCGAUAUCUGAGCCUACUUUACAAUAAAGCUAAAUUUUUUUGCUUAGAGUGAUCUCUGAAAUACAUUCUAGAAGUUUGUUCCUUACAGAACAAACUCUGCAUUUCCUACGUAUUUCCAUGAUACUUUCAUGUUUGCAUAUGUUUAUGCAUUGCUCGUUUCAGACAAUAUUCUGACUUCUAUUAAAGAAGCUUGAAAAUUAUGCCAAUAUCAAUGUCCAUUUUUGAGGGAACAAAAUGUCAAAGAUACGAAAGAAGAAAAAAUUGUCAAUGGGACACAAAAGAGCAUUUCUUUACAUAAUGUUAUGCUGAGUGAUUUUUAAAUAUUCUAAAAGGUACAUGACCAUUCACAUAAAGUUUCGUUUUAAAUGUAUGUGAAAAAUCAUCCCUUCAAAUCUUUUAGAAUAAUUAAGAAUUAUUCUGCAUUUCAUAAAGAAAUAAACGUUUACAUGUCCGAAACGGUUUAGUUUUAAAGAUAGAAGACGUUAAAGUUGAAGUAAAAAUUUUUUUUCUAAAGAUUUUGAAAACAAUAUAAGUUAUUUUAAUGAAUUGUUGUCUUUCAUAGACACGAAGGUUUAUCUUAUGCGGCCGUACAGUAUAUUUUUAUUCUAUCAGAAGGGAAAUUAAAGAUAAUUGACUACUUUUUCUUUAUAAAACUUGUAUGCAAUCGAUUUUUUCAAUUUUGAAAUUUGUAUAUGAUGUAAAUGGGAUAAAUUGACACCAAAAAAUCUGUUAUUUUUGGUAGGAUAAACCAUGGUCGAGAAAAAAGAUGUUUUUCUUUUAAUUAUAUCAUCUUGUAUCUUUGAAAUAGUUUUUUUUCAUAUAAUUCUCAUAUGAAGUUUUCUUAAUGCAAGGAAUCAUUCCUUGAAGUCUGAGAAUAUUAAGGAUCAUUCUGUAUAGGCGAUGUUAAUUGAAUCAAUUUAAAUAAGAAACUAUGUAAAAUCAAAUUAAAUUUUUUCUUGCUGAUUCAUUAUUUAAACAAUUUGCAAGAAAGUAGUAUUUUAAAUGUAAAAUUUUCUGGGCAAGCGCAAUAAUGUUGAGAUAAUCGAAAAGAAAUGUAUGUAUGUAUAUGUCUACGCACACAUGCGUGAAUACGCGCACAUACACACAUACACAUACAUAUAUUUAUAUUAUAGGAAUAUAUAAAAUAUCUGACAGCAUCCGAAGUAUCUAUUUGUGUAAUCCUGAUAUUUCAGGAGUUUUGUACAGUAUCUCUGCAAAGGUUUCUACUCAAUCUCUAAAGAUGACAAAAUAAUCAAAAUAAUAAUCAUAUUAAUGAUUUGUUUUUAAUUUUCGAUUAUUAAAGAUAUAUGUUUUACCUGUUAAAAUACAAGAAUAUAAAACUUCAAAUGUUAACGCAUGACGAACAAAAAUAUAUAAUUGCAUAAAAUAAGAAAAUACAAAUCAUAAAUUUUGAAUUUUAAAGAGGGUAUUAUUUUGUAUCUACAUUAUAUACAAAUCCGAUGAGAGAAAAAUGACGAAUGUGCAAUUUAAGAUGAACAAAACAGAUUUUAAUUAUAUUAGAAUAAUGCAUAUAACAGAUUAUAGCUGUAAAAUAUAAGAGAUAUUAAAUCUAACCGAAUUUGUUUGCAAAAUUUAAAUUUUAUGUUUGUUAUUUUCGAAAUAUUGUAUAUUUAUUCCAAUUGGGCAACAUUUUUUUAUUCAUUAUUUUGGUACUGUGCUACUUGAUAUUCAAUAUUACCCAAUAUUACAAAAAAAUAGUAAAAUUUUCGAUUUGAAUAAACCUUCAUGAGUAUAUAGAGUGCUUCAAUAUAUAAAUACACCUUUUAUUUUUUCGCGUGUAACUUAAACUACAAAGAUUAAUUUUUUAAUUAAAAUUUUUUUAUUAAAUUAUUUUUUAAAAAUUAAUUUUUUAACAAAAAAAAUUAAAAAUUUUGGAGAAUUAGAAAAUAUAUUUAAAAAUCACGCACGAAUUAUUUCAGUAUUAAGAUUUUGCUAUGAUUGUAUAUGGCCUUUCUCUUUCUCGAUUUAAAUUAACCCUUUCACACCCCUGGGAAAUGAAGAAUUAGUACAAAUAUGGAUAUUAGUACCCUUUUUUAAAAAGAAAUAUUUAUUAACUGAUAUGAUUUUUCAUUUUUUAUUAACAGUUGGGAGACAAAAAAUAUAUCAAAAUAUUAAUAUUUGAAAAAGUUGUAAUUUUUUUUCAAGUGGGACAUAUAUGUCCCAGAAGCGUGAAAGGAUUAAAAAGAUAAAUUAAAAAACUUUUUCAUACAAUUUUUUAUUUAUGCCACUUUGUAACCCAUAAUUUAACAUUGAACUUUAAUUCUAAAUGUUUUUUGUAGUUUAAAUUACAUGUAAAAAAGUGAAACGCUCUUUUAUCCUCAAGAUUAAAUAGCAUAUAUAAAAAAGUAUUAUUUCUAAAGAUAUAAAUGACAGGACAACAGAACAUUAAUCAUGUACUAAAUCUAUAAAUAUAUAUCCAUAAAAAUUCAUCCAAAUCAAAGAUUUUUCUGAUUCGCAAUGUUUUCUUAUUCACAUAUAGAUAUUGUUUUAUGGACCUUACAAUAUUUUUUUCUUUAAAAAUGCAUUAUAAAAUUCUUCAGCUGUCUUUAAUGAGAUACUGUUAUAUCUUCAAUCAACGUAUCAAUUCUACUAAUGUACAAAGAUAUAUACUUAUACUCCUGGAAAAACAAUCUUUGCGCGAUACCAUAUUGUAUAAUGUAGAAAUUUCUUAGCCAUAGAAAAUUAGAGUAUGUAAAAUUAAGAAACUCACAUUUAUAAUGCAUAUAAAGAAAUAUGUCAUAUAUAUAUAUAUAUAUAUAUUUUUUUUUUACUUAUUGAUUUUUCACAAUAAAAUUUUCUGUUCGCUAUGUUGAUACACAGAACAAGUGAUAAAAAGAGAUAUUGUAUAUUGUCUGUAUAUGUAUUAUGUCUGUCAUUAAUAAUGCAUUAUGUUAAUUAAUGUCUGUAAUCGAAAAAAAUUAUCGUCUUAUUAUUCUAAUAUAAAUAAAUGUAAAGUACAAUAACAAAUAUUUGUAUAAUUAUGUCAUAUUGUGUUAACAAAUAGUAAGUUUUUGUGUAAGUUUUAUACAGAUCUUAAUCUGUUCAUCUUUGUUUGCAAGCUACAAUAAAAUAAAUAAUAUGUAUAACAGAUUUUAAAUCUAACUUGUAAAGUUACUUCUACGUUUAUUUUGCCCUAUGUUUCGUUAUAUCUAGGAUUUAUAUAAAUAAAAAUGCAGGAGAGACAAUACGGAAGAGAAAAAUGUUUGUUUUAAUAAGAUUUAUUUCUUAUUCACUGACACAGUUAAAUAUUAUGUGAAAUAAUCUUACUGCUUGGCAUUCGCCUUGUGCUUAUUACAUUCUAUUUCACAUAUAAUGUAUACGAUUUACAGAGAAAUUGUGUAUGUUUUCAAAAGACGAGGAUGCAUUUAUUACACUUUCAAUGUCACAAUAAGUAUAUAACAUACUGUUGUAAAUUAUGUAAAUAUGUUCGAAUGCUGCGUUCAUCGCAAGUGUUAAUUUGGAUUUGUCAAAUGCAUAUUAUUGAGGUUUGAUAUAUACAUAUAUGUAUAGUGAUCUAUUAUAAAAUAAACUAAUUAAUAACGUAA